GCGCGCACGGACACGCGCACUGGCUCUAUCUGUGCGCGGGCACGCCGCGGGAGCGCGCAGAGCUCAUCAUGUCCUCCAGCUGGAUUUCUCUGUAGUCUCUCCCCACAAACAGACACGAUCAAAUCAUCUUCAUCUUCAUCAUCUUCAUCAUCUGCUGUGCGCGUGCCCGUGCGUGUGCGUGAUGCGCGUGCUGGCGGUCUGGUCGGCGGCGUGCGUGUUCUGCGCUGCAGUGAGAUGCGUCCCUCUGGCGGAAGAGAAGAGCACUGACUGUGGUUCUGAUGGCGUCAGUAUCAGUGCUGAUGGACUGACGGUUGGCUGUGAGCGACGCAAGACCGAUGAUGUUCUGAACGCUCAGGAGAGACACGAGGGUCUGCUGAGAGAGCUACAGGAGCUGGCCCAGCACGAGAAAGACAGAGAGCAUGAAGACACCCUCGAACGAGACGACUACGUGCUCAACGACGAGGAGGAGGAGGAAGACGAGGGAGCGAUGAAGGAGCAGAAUGAGCGAGACCUGGAUGAGCUUCUGCAGGAGGAGAUCCAGAAGAUGGAGGUCCAGAGGAGACAAGACGAGGAGCUGGAGGAGCUGCUGAAGGAGCUGAAGAGGAAACAACAGGAGAAGAAACGCAGGAGGAACGAGGAGGAGGAGGAGGAGAAGAGGAAGAGCGAGCUGGAGCUGGUGGUGGAGAAGGAGAAGGUGGAGAAGGAGCUGAAGGAGCUGCUGGAGGAGCAGAAGAACGACACCAAGAGCUGGAACAAAGAGAAAGAGAAGGAGGAGAAACAGGAGGAGCUGCAGGAGCUGGUGAGGAAGAUGGAACGCGUGAAGGAGGAGGAGGAGAAGAAGGAGAAGCGGGAGAUGGAGAACGCCAGCGAUGAGGCCACACGACAGUUUGAGAGAGAGAGAGACGAGGAGGAAGAGAGACAGCAUGAUGAAGAGGAGGAGGAGGAUGAAGAUGAGGAGCUGCUGGAGAUUGAAGCUGAACUGAGAAAAGUGGCAGCGCAACUACAUGAACUACGCAGGGGUUAAACACACACACACACACACUCCCUCUCACACACACUGACACACACACACACACACACACACACACACACACACACACACACACACACAAUCAGAUGAAACACUCUGAAAUAAGACAUCAUUUAGUCUAUUUAUGAAGGUAUAUAUUCAUAAGCUCAUAGAGGCAGUUCAUUCAUCAGGCUUCACUAUCCUGCUGCAGAUGUUCAUAAAUAUAAUUCUCAUGAAACUAAAUCAAACACCAAACGCUCAUAAACACACUGGUGGUAAAGCCAUAGAGACGUGUUUAGUGCACAGUCACGCAAGCCACGCCCCUAAUCAUCACUCCCCGCCUCCUCAUUUGAAUAUUUUAGCAUUCAUGUUCUCUAUAUUGUGAUGCAAUACUUUCUUCAGUGGUACGACUAAUAUAAUGAGACGCGUGUGCACAUAUGAUGAAGUAAUGAUGUGAUUUGUGCUCUUGACUGUUACUGGGUUUCUGAAUCAUUCUGCUGUGUGAACAUGGCUAAAACUGUUCUGGGGUCAGAACGCCAGCCGCUGAGACUGUGUGUGUGUGUGUGUGUGUGUGUGUGUGUGUGAGAGACUGUGUGUCUGUGU